AGCAGAAGGAACGUUUAGCUGCUGCCUUUAAAGACACAAUUACCUUACCUCCAUUAAAUUCUUGUGUAUCGAUUAUAUACCUGACAAGUGUUGCAAUUUCGCCAAUUAAUAUAUCAUGAAGUAAAUAUGUCGAUUACAUAUUCCAGUAUAUUUUUUUAGAAAAAAGAAUUUGAACAGGACAGAAAAUGAGGUUCAAGACUUAUCUUCAGAAAGAUCCUAAACAUCGUGAACUGGUGAGUUGUGUAGCUUGGAACUCCACUGAAGAGGUUUAUUCAUGUGGUGAUGACCAUCAGGUGUUGUCUUGGAACCUCUUGACUGGUGAUACCACAAAAGUAGCAUCUCUUCCUGAAGAACUGUAUCCAACUGAUAUCCAUUGGUUACCUCGCUUGACUGCUGGCAGUGGUUCAGGAAAGAAACAAGGCAUUCCUGAUCUGUUUGUACUUACCUCCACUGAUGGAAAAUUUCAUCUGUUAUCUAAAGGAGGUAGAAUUGAAAAGACUAUUGAAGGUCACAGAGGUGCUAUACUAGUUGGACAGUGGAGUCAUGAUGGCUCAGCUCUUGUUACAGGUGGAGAAGAUGGUUUAGUAAAGAUUUGGUCACGUACUGGGAUGUUGAGAUCUACCUUAGCAUCAAAUAGUGCACCCGUGUAUUCACUAGCUUGGGGACCAAAUUGUGGAGAUGUGCUGUAUACAUGGGAUAAGUAUUUGGUGAUUAAGUCUCUUCAACCAAACUCUAAACCUUUGCAGUGGAAAGCUCAUGAUGGAUUAGUUUUGAAAGUUUCGUGGAAUCCAAACAACAAUAUUAUAGUUUCUGGUGCUGAAGAUUGCAAGUACAAGGUAUGGGACACGUAUGGAAGAGUCUUGUAUAGUAGUCAACCUCAUGACUACCCUAUUACUUCAGUGUCUUGGUCACCAGAUGGAGAAUUGUUUGCUGUUGGGUCCUUUAACACUCUUAGACUUUGUGAUAAGAUUGGGUGGUCUUACUCCUUAGAUAAGCCACAGACCCAGAGUAUUUUCUCUUUAGCCUGGUCCAGUGAUGGAACUCAGAUUGCUGGAGCUUGUGGAAAUGGUCAUGUUGUUUUUGCCCAUGUAAUUGAACGCCGCCUAGAAUGGAAGAACUAUGAAGUGACAGUUACAGGCAGAAAGACUAUUUCUGUGCUGAAUGUCAACAAUGAAGUCUGGGAGAAGUUAGAUUUCAGAGACUGUAUAAUAAAGGUUUCCUUAGAGUACAACCACCUUGUGGUGGUUACUUCAGCUCAGUGUUAUAUUUACAGCACAAAGAACUGGAACACUCCUCAGAUAUUUGACUUAAAAGAAUGUCGUGUGAGUUUAGUCAUUCAAGCAGAAAGACACUUUCUGCUCGUUGAUGGUGGAGGCUUGUACAUACAUUUUUAUGAUGGCAAGAUGGCCAGUGCACCAAAAUGGGCAGGAAUGAGGCCUCAUUUAUUGAACCAUUUUACAGUUAGCCUGAGUAAUGACACCCUGGCUGUAAGGGAUAAAGGAGAUGAGAAAGUGGUGCAUUUGUUCGACACUCAGACAGGCAAGCCUGCCAAAGAUGGGAAACCUUUUGUUCACAGGUUGGAAGUAAUGGAGGUUGCAUUGGACAAAGUUGGACCUGCCAAUGAGCGAAAGCUGGCCCUAGUAGAUAAAAAUAGAGACCUCUACUUAUUGCCAGUAAAGCAACAACCUAAUACUUCAAUAAAGACAAUCAAGAUAGGGGUUAUGGUUCAGUCAGUUGUGUGGAAUGACAACACUAACAUGUUAGCUGCACUUCAAAGUGGAAAGUUAACUGUUUGGUAUUUUCCAAGUGUCGUUUUUGUUGAUCGCAAUCUUCUUUCUCGAACUAUCAAUGAAAAGGAAGGCAGUGAAUUUGGAAAAAACCCACAAAUAGUCAGUUUCUCUGGAACACACCUUAGUAUUCGUCGAGCAGAUGGGUCUCUGGUUUCUACAUCAGUAUCACCUUAUCCUUCUAUACUUCAUGGCUUUGUGGCAUCUUCUCGGUGGGAUGAUGCUGUGAGACUCUGUCGGUUUAUUAAGGACACUGCUUUAUGGGCUUGUUUGGCUGCCAUGGCUACUGCUGCAAGGGAUCUUAACACAGCAGAAAUAGCGUAUUCUGCUAUAGAAGAGUGGCUACAGUCUUUCCAGCUUGAUAUUGAUAUAACAUUUCUGUUAACUUCCAGGGCUUUAGACCUUGCUGUCAAACAUAAGACCCAUGUUGAUACUGUUUUGGCAUACAGGAAGAAAUACUUGGGGAAAUUUGAAAAAGAGGAAACUAAUCAGAGAUUUCAACAGUAUAAUCAAGAGAUUAAACCAGACUGGGAUCAGAUCACUGCUAAAAUUGAACAAGAAUAUCAGAAAGAACGGGAGAGACCAGCUACCAGCAACCGAUAACAAGCUAAAUCACUGCAAGAAUAUGAAUUUUUUUGCACAUAUAUGCACAACCAGUAAUAUUAGAUUAGUGUUGUUUGGAAUGUGAAUUUUGUAUUCCAAUAUCAUCCAUCAGUAACUAAAGAAUGAAAUUUAAAAGUUGGACUAUUUAGUUCAGGGGAGAAACUUUAUGAAAUGACUAUGAAUAUAAUUAAUUUAUUGAGCAAUUCUAUCCAUAGAAGUGUUUCUAAAUAAUAAAUUAGGUUUUAUUCUUUAUUUAUUCUUCUAUGUAUGCCUGUUUAAAAAGUUUUGCAUUCAACAAGCUUGUUACUCUAUAUACAGAUCUAUAGACAUUUAGUGCAUUCAUACAAAUUUUACACGUGUUCAUCUCAAAUAAGUAACAGUUAGUGUUACUGAAUAUGUAAGUCAAACCAGAUGGUUCUGUGAAAGGUAGUAUAUGUAAAAUUGCAUUAAUUAAUAAAAGCAAAGUUUGAUAGAAGAGUUAGCAUACAGGAUCAUAUAUAUAAGGUGCAUUGAAUUUAAAAAAAAAAAAAAGACCCAAAACAUGAGUGCUUUCGAAUAGUUAACUAUUCUUCUUCAACUAUUCAAAAGCACUUGAGUUUUGAGUCUUUUUUUUUUUUAAUUAAAACAAAUCAAUAUUGUUUCAUGCUUAUUAUGACCAAGUAUUUAGGGAACAGUUUUAUCUACAUGAAUGGAAGUAAGAGAUAGUAAAUAACUGACAAUUUGAUGGUCUUUACUAACUUUAAAAAAAAAAAACAGUUGCUAGUGUAAUUCAUUACUAAAUUAUAAAAUCUCAAGUAAUCAUGUUUUUGCUCUGACUGAUAAAUUAGAAAUAUUAUCUUAUUAGUUUGCUUUAAAAAAGAAUUGUUCUUCAAAAGGAAGAAUGAUAUAAGGUUUAAUUAUUUGACAUACCUUGUGUUUAUGUCAAUAAUUCUAAGUUAAAAGUGGGCUUAAAUUUGUGAUGAUGAUAAAGUAUUACAUUAUUUUAUAAAACAAAGUCAUAGAUAUUAAUAAUUCUGCUGUAAUUAUGCCUUUUAAACAUUUCAAUUAUUUUGCAUUUUAUUAUAUAUUUUGGUUAUUUUAAAUUAAAAACUAAAGUUGCAAGUGGAAUAAGUAGGAAACUAGAGGGAUUAAUAACAUCCAUUAAUACACUUGUGGUUUGGUGAACCGGAAAGUCUAAACUCUUGUAAUAUCUGAAAUGAAGAAUAGACAGUAAAAAUACAGUUUUAUUAAUUGUACAGAGUUCUCUGAACUUAAAUUAGCUUUAGUAAUUUAUAUAUUUCAUAUAUAUAUAUUAAAUUUUUGUGCCAUGAUUCACCUGAAUCAGCAUUUUGUAAUUGGAUGUAUGUUUGUUUUGAUUGAUUGAUAAAUUAUGUCCCUGUCUCCUUGACUUGAUUAGUUUGAUCUCAUGUAAUUAAUAAUCUUUCUGUCUUGUAUUUUCACAGUAGAGCCUUUUUUAUUGUUAUUGGAUAAUAUUUAAAAUAUAAUCUAUAUAUAUAUAUAGUUGCAGGUGUUUGUAGUUUAGAUAAAUAUUGCUAUUUAAAUUCAUUUUAAAUGUAGAAAAGAUAAGCUGUAGAGAUAAUAUUUGCAAUGCUUAUCUUUUAUCGGUGAUCACCAAAAAUACAACAUGACUUAAUUUACAUCUUGGUGUGUUUCUGUGGGUUGAUGGGAUAUUAUUGUGAUUCUCCUGACUUUAAUUUUUAAAGGCAAAUCUAGUUCAAUCAAUGGCUUAACUGCAAACACUUUUAAUAACAUAAUAACAACUACUUUGUACAAAUUGUCACUGAAUAAACUAUUGUCUAUGACCUGCA